UUUUGAAGAGACGGGGGAGCGGGGGGCUCGUCUGAUUAAGGGGCCCUGAACCAAGAAGCAGCGGAGUUUGAGAAGCCUGCAGCUCGGGGUUCGGCGGCAGCGGCCCCAUCGGCCGAAGUUGGGGGGGGUGGGGCGCCGAGCGCGCGGGGUGGGGGGGGUCCUGGUCUUUGGCUUCUCGACUCGGUCCUGUUUCGACAGCGAACAUGUCUCGGCCUGUCAGAAAUAGGAAGGUCGUUGACUAUUCACAGUUUCAGGAAUCUGAUGAUGCUGAUGAAGAUUAUGGAAGAGAUUCAGGCCCUCCAGCUAAGAAAAUUCGGUCAUCUCCCCGAGAAGCUAAAAAUAAGAGGCGAUCUGGAAAGAAUUCACAGGAGGAUAGCGAGGACUCCGAAGAAAAAGAUGUGAAAACCAAGAAGGACGAUUCUCACUCAGCAGAGGACAGUGAAGAUGAAAAAGAAGAUCAUAAAAAUGUACGCCAGCAACGGCAGGCAGCCUCUAAAGCAGCUUCCAAGCAGAGAGAAAUGCUCAUGGAAGAUGUAGGCAGCGAAGAAGAACAAGAGGAAGAAGACGAGACGCCAUUCCAGGAGAAAGAUUCCGGCAGUGAUGAAGAUUUCCUAAUGGAAGAUGAUGAUGAUAGUGACUAUGGCAGUUCAAAAAAGAAAUACAAAAAGAUGGUCAAGAAGUCCAAACCUGAGAGAAAAGAAAAGAAAAUGCCCAAACCCCGGCUAAAGGCCACAGUGACGCCAAGCCCUGUGAAAGGCAAAGGGAAGGUGGGGCGCCCUACAGCUUCAAAGGCAUCAAAGGAAAAGACUCCUUCUCCCAAAGAAGAAGACGAGGAACCAGAGAGCCCUCCAGAAAAGAAGCCCUCGGCAAGCCCUCCACCUGAGAAAUCAGGGGACGAAGGGUCCGAAGAUGAAGCCCAGUCUGGGGAGGAUUAAAAAAGUGAUGAUGGUUUGGGGAGAGAUUUUAUUAAAAAAAAAGAGAAAAAAAAAAGAAAAAAGAAAAAGGGGGAAAAAAAGAAAACCUACUUAAGAUAGAACAUGGUUUUGGCUAUGGCUUGACUCAUGGGCUUUCAGUGCUUUUUUCCUUUUCUUGAAAAUAACAUUCUCUCUCUCUUUUUUUAAGAAAACCAUUGUAAGUUUAAUUUACCUUUUUGUCUGUUGGUCCUCUCUUCGCCAUCACCCAUCUUUCCCACCGCUUCCCAAUGAAAGCCAUGUCAGAAUAAUCACUGGAUUGACGGCUUUACCUUUUUAUUUUUAAUGGAAGGUAUACCACAGUUGUAAAGCAAUAAGAUUUGAGAUGAACACUACGGAAAUUUUGCUUUUUUGCUAAAUGGUAGAAAAUGAACCGUAAUCAAAAAACAUAGAAGGGUUUUAGUUAAAAAUGAUUGCUUCUCUCUCUACCUGGACUUAAAAAAAAUCAGCUGUCAUCUAAUACAAGUUUAUAUGUCUAUAUACAUAAGUAUAGAUGUCUAAAAAAUCAUGAUGUUAAACUUCCCACUGAUGGGGCAGGUAGGACAUAAAGAUGAAUUCUGAAUUGUUACUAAAAGUAUUCCUAUUUUUUAUCUUGGGGGCAAGGCAGGGCAUGGUGUUACCUGACCUUGUUUGAGGGUGUGGUUUUUGGGGGGGAUGUUUUGUUUUUUGUUUUUUGGGGUUUUUUUGUAAAUUUCAUCACUUGUUAUCUCAAAGAGACCCGGAGCCAGUGAUCCUUUUAUCCUGCUACAGUCUUUCAGGAACUUUAAAAGAACAAAAAAAAAAAAAAAAAAAAAAAAAAGGCAAGGGCCACCAAAACUUAAA